AUGACGGAGGAAGCGGACGUGGGAGUCGAUCUCUCUCCGACCUCCAGGUCUGAGGAAGCAGACGUGGGAGUCGACCUCUCUCCAACCUCCGGGUCUGAACAACAGGGUCCACAUUUUUUAAAAGAUGUCAUCUUCCAUGGCAAGUUUAAGCUGCUGAAGGCUCUAACCCCGGAGGAAAACACCCACUGCCAGCACGGCCUCUACUUCGAGGACGGUCAGCGGCGGGUCGACUACGUGCUUACCUACCCCGUGAAGAAGCCUUCUGGGGGCCGCUCCAGCAGGCAGUCGGCGCACCUGCUCCUUGAAAAUGCUGUUGCCCACAGCCUACGCCACGGCCCCAGGAGCCCCAACAAGCAUCUCCGACAUCAUCAAGUACAAAGGGCGGGAGACUCAUCAUCCCUGCCGUCUUCACCCGUGGCCAACGUGGAGCUGGGCUGUCCGGGUGAGACCUUCGGCGGCCACGAGGAUCAUAAGACGUUCAGGCGGGAGGAGUUUGAGGGGAAAUUGAGAGACAUGGGACUGGAGCUGGAGAAAGAUGAGGACGCCAAGAUCCAGGGGGUGGGCUUUGUGAAGAUUCAUGCUCCCUGGAACGUUCUCUGUCGAGAGGCUGAGUUAAUGAAGCUGAAGAUGCCCACCAAGAAGGUGUAUGAAGUCAAGCAGUCAGGUGGAGUUAUGGAGAAGAUCAGCUCUCUGGUCAGUAAAGUUCUGGAGCCUCUCCACCCUCACGUUGAGGAACAUCAGCUGAAGAACAUCAAACACCUGUCACACACUUUCUCCAGAGAAAAACAGCACCUGUUUGACCUUUCAGACAAAGAUUACUUCUUUGACAGCAAAACCAGGAGUUCAAUAGUUUUUGAAAUACUAAAGAGAACAAAAUGCAAGGCCAAGUACAGCAUGGGUAUCACCAGUCUCCUGGGUAGUGGUGUCUAUACAGCAGCUUACCCUCUUCAUGAUGGUGAUAUCAAUGAGGAGAGUGCAGAGCCCAAUGACAGAAAGCUUUUGUAUGAGGAGUGGGCAAACUACAGUGUCUUCUACAAAUACCAGCCAAUCGGACUUGUGCGGAAGUACUUUGGUGAGAAGAUUGGUCUGUACUUUGCCUGGUUGGGUCUGUAUACCCAGAUGCUGAUUCCUGCCUCUCUCGUGGGGGUCAUUGUCUUUCUGUAUGGAUGUGCAACAGUCGAUGACAACAUACCAAGCAUGGAGAUCUGCCACCCGCGGAACAACAUCACCAUGUGUCCGCUGUGUGACACAGCGUGCAGCUACUGGAAACUGAGCACAGCCUGUGGAACCGCCCGGGCCAGUCACCUGUUCGACAACCCUGCCACUGUUUUCUUCUCUAUAUUCAUGGCUCUGUGGGCUGCCAUGUUCAUGGAGCACUGGAAGAGGAGGCAGAUGAGACUGAACCAUGAAUGGGACUUGACUGGGUUUGAAGAUGAGGAGGAAGCUCUCAAGGACCAUCCCAGGGCUGAAUAUGAAUUCAGGGUCAUGCAGAAGUCUCUGAGCAAAGAUCAGAAGUCACAGCACAAGGUAGAAAAGCUCACGUGUCGAGACCGCCUCCCUGCCUACAUGACCAACCUCGUCAUGAUGCUGUUAAUGAUCGGUGUUACAUUUGCCAUUGUGUUUGGAGUGAUCCUCUACCGGAUCUCCACCAAAGCCGCUCUUCAUAUGAGCACCAACCCAAUCACACGGAACCACGUACAACUGACGGUGAAGACCACCGCAGCCAUCAUCAACCUGGUGGUCAUCCUCAUACUGGACGAGGUGUACGGAGCUGUGGCGCGAUGGCUCACUGUGUUAGAGGUUCCUAAAACAGACAAGAGUUUUGAGGAACGACUCAUCUUCAAGACGUUCAUUCUCAAGUUCGUCAACGCUUUCAGUCCCAUCAUCUACAUUGCUUUCUUCAGGGGAAGACUGGUAGGCAGACCAGGCAACUACCUGUAUGUGUUUGAAUCCUAUAGAAUGGAAGAGUGUGCUCAUGGAGGCUGCCUGAUGGAGCUGUGCAUUCAGCUGAGUAUCACCAUGCUGGGAAAGCAGCUAAUUCAGAACAACCUUUUUGAGAUUGGAAUACCCAAGCUGAAGAAGCUGAUUCGUUACAUUCAGUCGAAGCAAGGGGCCUUUCAAGAAGAAGAGAGACAGAAGAAGCUUCAGAGAUAUGAAACCGACCACUUCCUGGAACCAUUUGCAGGGUUAACACCUGAAUAUAUGGAGAUGAUCAUCCAGUUUGGUUUUGUUACGUUGUUCGUGGCGUCCUUUCCUCUGGCUCCUCUCUUUGCUCUGCUCAACAACAUCAUUGAAAUACGACUUGAUGCCAAGAAAUUUGUGACUGAGUUGCGAAGACCAGUGUCAGCAAGAGCCAAAGACAUCGGUAUCUGGUACAACAUACUCAGAGGAGUAGCAAAAGUGGCCGUCAUUAUUAAUGCAUUUGUCAUCUCCUUCACGUCAGACUUCAUCCCUCGGAUGGUCUACCAGUACAUGUACAGUCCCGAUGGCACCAUGCAUGGGUUUGUCAACCAUACGCUGUCCUAUUUUAAUGUCAGCCACUUCCAGGAUGGCAAAGAAACCAUGGAUCCAUUGCACCUUGGCUACCCCGUUGAGAUCUGCAGGUAUAAGGACUACAGAGAACCUCCUUGGUCAACCACUCCAUAUGAGAUCUCCAAGGAAUUCUGGGCGGUGCUGGCUGUCCGACUGGCCUUCGUCAUUGUUUUCCAGAACGUUGUGAUGCUGAUGAGCGACAUCGUGGACUGGCUGAUUCCUGACAUCCCCAAAGACAUCAGCCUCCAGAUCCACAAGGAGAAGAUUCUAUUGGUCGACCUCUUCAUGAAAGAAGAGCAAGGCAAGAUCCAUAUCCUUGAGAGCAGGCUGUCACCGGGGGGCAAGGAGAACUGCAGCAGGAGCAGCAGCAACAACAACAACAACAGCACAGUGGCUCACCCCCGCUCAGGACUGCACACCAACAACACUGCCAGCCUCUAAUGUUAAUAACAGCGAGCUCUUAGUUCAGUCUUAGUCAGCAAGUCGAAGCUUGCUAGCAGCCUGCUCGCUCAGGCCAACCUAAACUCUGUGUUUUUGUUCUUGUUCAGAACAUUCCAACGAUUGGGAGAGCAGCUGGCUGAUAACGUAAAGGUGAAUGUAUGAGGCCAAAUGUCACUGUGUGUGUGGAGAGCUGUGAAACUGUAUCUAAACGUGUACGUGUGUACUCAGACACACUUUGUGAAUGUGCACGCAAAUCUGUAAGUGCGCACACAGAUUUGCAAAGUGUACACAAAUCUCUAAAUGUGCAUAAUGAUUUCUACAUGUGUAUAAGAAUAAAAAAGAAUGUA